UUGGCAUCACCUGAUCAGCCAGUGUCACAUGCAGGGCUGUGAAAUCUCCCAUCUCCGGGCCCACCAGGAUGUCAUGGGGCAGCCCCAGCCGAUGUCCCAGGGGGCAGGUAUUUGCCAACCUGCCGGAUAAAACCACAGCCAGAUGCUUCCUCGCUGUUCUGCUCACUGCAGCAAACACCCGGCACCAUGUGGGUGGCUCUGCCCCUCUGCCUGCUGUCCGCUCUCCUGGCCACAGGGAGCGCUCUGCAAUGCGAGGUGUGUGCGUCCGAAGAACAAUUGUGCUCCGGCCCCCUGCAGCCCUGCGCCCCCUCAGAAGGGACCUGCGUCACCGUCGUGGCAGAGAUCAGGCUGGAGGGAUCCUCCUUGUCCUACACAGCUAAAUCGUGCCUGGAGCCCAAGAACUGUAAGCCCGGCCCCUUCUCGCUGACCUACGCGCACAAUGUCACCGUGCGGGUGAACAUCGCCUGCUGUGACAGCAACGGCUGCAACGCCGGGGCCAUCCCAGUGCCAACUGUGAGCUCCGUCCCCAACGGCCGGCAGUGCCCGACGCUUUUCAAAGUGGAGCCUUUUCAAAGGAAGUGGAAGGGGAUCUUGGCCUGCACCGGUGCCGAGGACCGUUGUGUUGGGGAAUCUGGGAUAUUAACACUGGGUAACAUCAAACUGUUAAAGAUUGCGGCUGAAUGUGGCUCCCGUGGCGCCUGCAUGAAGAGAGUGGGGGAGAGGAAAUACGCCCAGGGCGCGGUGGAGAUGCUGAGCCGAGCCGAGUGCUACCCAACUCCCAGGGCCGGUGGAGGCAUCGGGGAGCCCUGA